GAGACUUCCUCAUUAAAACACUAUUUAAAAGCAAAUUAAUUUCAUUUAAACGCGUGUGUUACAGCUUGCGCUAUCAACUUGUAUACGAAUCAUCCUUAAAUGGCUUCUGUAAAAUCAAGUAAUGGUGAUGAGUCUCUUGGAAAUGUGUGUACAAUUUCGAUUUCAUCCAUAACUUGUCCUGAAGUACCGAGUCAGGGCACGAUAGAGCGUGCAAUUACGGAAAAGCAGGUGAAAAAUGGGCGAGCAAAAAUAAGCUACUACUAUUCUGGUACUAAAGGAUAUUUUCGGGAAUACUGUGAGAGUACAACUAUCCAUGGCUUCAAGUACUUGUCAGAAAAACGGUCAAUAUGCGAGAGAAUACUCUGGCUGCUCUUGAUUUCGCUGUCGAUAUCAGCAUGUGGGUUUCUGAUCAGCAGGAUAUACAACAGAUUCAUAACAAGCCCAGUUAUAGUAAGCUUUGCAACCAAAGAGUCUCCGUUGUAUUCCAUCCCAUUUCCAGCUGUCACUAUUUGCCCUAUGACCAAAGUGAAAAAAUCCGUCUACGAUUUUACUAGAAUCAUUUAUAGGGUUGAAGAUAUGAGAAGGAUAACUCAUCAAGAACAGCGUAAUGGACAUUACUUGUCCUUACUAUGUCGCCAUGGUCAAAGGUACUUUCAUAAGUCGUCAAAAUUCUCUAACAACUUUUAUGAAAUAAUUGAUCGGAUGAAACUCAAUCUUAGUGAAUACACUGAGGAGUGUCAGGUAGGAGUGAAUGAUCCAGAACCCUGUGAAAAGCUUUUCCAACCUAUAAUUCUAGAUGAAGGUAUUUGCUAUACGUACAAUAUGCUGGAUCGAACAGCUAUCUUCAGGGAUGAAGUGUAUCGAUUCAAAGAUUAUCACAAAAAUGAAAACACGGUGAAUUGGGACAUUGACAAUGGAUAUACCUUCAACGAUAGUACACCUGAUGGUUCAUUUUUGAAUUACCCUAAUAAUGCAUAUCUGUCUGGAUAUGAGAAUGGCUUGCACAUCACGUUUAGGCAAUCAGCUAGUGAACUGGACUACUUGUGCUCACCAAAUUCACAAGGAUUUAAAGUUUCACUGCAUGCUCCUCACGUUUUACCCCAAUUAAAAAAACAGUUCUUUCAAGUAUCAUUCGGUGAUGCUAUUAUGGCUGCUGUGCAGCCAAAAAUGACAAAAACCUCUCAACAAGUGAGAAAGUACCAUCCUGACAAAAGAGAAUGCUAUUUCAGUAACGAAAAGCAUCUAAGAUACUUCAAGCAGUACACGUCAAGUAACUGUCGCCUAGAAUGUUACACAAACUAUACGUCAAUGUCAUGUGGAUGUGUACAGUUCUACAUGCCCAGGGAAUCGUCCACCGAUAUUUGCGGGUCCGCUUCAUUUUUGGUAUUCCAACAACCAUGUACAGAUGCAAUGGAAUCUGUGCUUAAACGAAAGGAAGCCCAGCAUAGCGCAACUAAUCAAAACGGCACGUCUUUCUGUGACUGCAGACGAUCUUGUGUGGAGAUAAAUUAUGAAGUGCAGCUCAGCCAGUAUACCUGGAAUUACAGGGAAAAACACCUAGCUCGCUACAGAAAUAAAAAAAACGAAUCGUAUCUAUAUGCCAGAUUGUCAAUAUUUUUCAAAGAAGACUUCUUUCUAACACUGGAAAGAAACGAAUUAUAUGGACCAAUUGAUUUCCUAGCCAACUUUGGGGGCCUUCUUGGAUUAUUUACUGGAUUCUCCCUUCUGUCCUUGGCAGAAAUAGUGUAUUUUCUAUCUGUUAGAAUCUGCUGCAAUUUCAGGUUGCACAAAUUUUGGACUGGGCCCAAAAAUUAAUCAUAUUGCACUUUUCAACCAAGUAUCUAAUUAUUCGUUUAGUACAAACUCUGUAAAGCUAUAGAAAGAAAUUUACUUGGCACCGAUAUAAAACAAUGGAUUAAAUACUUUUACGCGCGAUUUUCUUAGUACCGCUCUUACGCAGUUUUACACAAUAAUUGCAAAAAUCAUAUUCGUAUUUUAAAACUUCGUCAUAUCAGCAACUUUCCACUACUGUCACUCAUCACGCUUGCUAUAACCAGUUAUAAUACACCUAGUCAAUAAAUAUAAUUUACUUUUUGUAAUUAAGCAAUUAGUACGUUUUCGAUCUAAACGACAAAAGCUAACUUCGAAAUACGUACCUAUCCGCUAGGGGCAGAUACCUUCAUUUUCAACACGCUUGAAGUCCGAAUAAAUAGUCCGAAUAAAUAGGGUGUGGGCAUCAUUAGCAUCACCAUGUAAGUAGCUUCAUCGGUUAACUACAUCAACUCGCAAAAAAAGUCAUUUCAAAAUGCCUUAUGGAAUAUCAAAUAGUGUUGAACUUUUUCUGACCAACUGCACAAAUAGUCCAAAACUACCCGAAACUGCCGCAAAAGUAAGUUUUGCAUAUGGAAAUAAGACAACACGGUAGGUAGCUUUAAAUGACUUUAUUGUUUUUCGAAGUAUUCUAGACGAAGAUUAAUACACAUCUGCAUGCGCCCUAACCAAUUUUCGAAGCACUUAUUCCACUCGUUUGCUGGCAGAUCCAAAACGGCAUUUUUGAAUGCGUCAACUGCCUCAUCUG